AUGGUCAAAAUAACUUCUUAUCUGCUGAUAAUAAUAUUAGCAGUAUUGCUGAAUGGAAGCUGUGCUUUUAUGGGAGGCCAAUGGUGGCAAACUCAGGGAAGAGUUUCAACGCCUCCUUCUGACGUUGGUCGUUCUUUCCAAAUGGCAGUUACUUCAAGCAAUACAGAGUCACGACAAACACUGGAUGAGAAACAGAUUGAUUUUACACGCGGAUACCUCAACAAGCACCAUACCGACUUCAUUAUUGCAGUUGUGGAAACAUUCUCCGAACUUGGGGCAAUCAAGUCGAAGAAAAAUGCCUGGAGUGGUGGUUCUUAUGUGAUUGCAGACGCUAAAUUAGUCGAUAUCGACCCGGAAGGCACCACUCUUGAGAUUGAAGCUUCGAUCAAGGAGCGAAAGAAUUCUAAAGUGGAACGUGUAUCGGUAGAUUUGAAUGCAUCACCGGUGACAAAAACACGUUCUCCAUUUGCAUCCAUGGAGGUCAUAUCAAACAGCGAGGAAAAUCCCAUCGAUGAUUUGGUUCGGCGUCUAAAUCGCUUUUGCUGGAUUGUCAACAAGCCGGCAAUUACAGGCAAACUAAUUCAAUUGGGCAUCAAACUUGGAGGCGACGGGGUUGGUGAGAUCAAGGAAAACCUCUUUCUGAACCAAGUCCCUCAUAAUCGGUAUGUUCGAAAGUAUUUCUACGAAAUGGCAGCCAACGCAACCUUGGAGGCUGUUGCCUUGUGCUCAGAGGGAAAGAUUUCGAACCGGAUGAAGCUCAUUUCAAUGUUCCCAGAAAUGAAUCCUGCCAUGGAUUCCUAUCGAAUUGGUACUAUUCUGGAAAUGGCACGUACUAUUGCCAUCAAACUGGUAGAGCAAAACCUUCGAGUCCGCAUAUGUGUGCAAGGAUCCAUGGGGGUCGGUAUCUUUACAGCAGUGCCCAAGCAGCUGAAUGGUGUGAGCAAGUUGCUUCAAAUGAUGGACUGGCAGGCGGAAGCGGGCGAAGAGAACGAAGGCAUGAUCGGGAACUAUUUGAACUUUGGUGCCGUUGGCAAGGAGCAUGUAGUCAAUGCGCAUACUGCUGAGGACGGCACCAAGGUUGAGCAAGAUGACGUCUUUCUAAUCAUUGCGCCUCAGUCCAUGGUCGGAGUUGAUUCUUCGAUCAUCCCGGCGCUCACCGAAAUGGUGGAUGCUGCAGGUGAUCGACCUGUCAUUCUGAUGAAUCCCGACUUGGUAGACAAGGUGUCAAGCCAGGGACAGCAGAAUGUCCGGGGUCGACAACAGCGAAUAGAUUUUGCGAAUUCAUUCAAAACUAUCCACCAAUUUCAGAAUAUCUAUGUUAGCGGGACGUCAUACUUUCCAAUUUUAGGCAGUAUGACCAAAAUCUCUCCUUUAGCACCCUGGGUUGCUCACCAACGAAGAGACUUGGCGAACGAUGGAGGCGAGAUUUACAUCCCAGUGUUGGCCAGUGAAUACAGGCCGGACGGUGAGGUUAUUUUAGAGUCUUUUGCACGAUAA